CAGAGGGACACACCAGCACACAUGAAUACCUUCAGAUAAAGGCAUGUUUGAGUACUUAAUAUGUAGAUUUUUUAUAUUUCAUUUCCUUGAAUGGAUGUUUUGUUAAAAUUACUCUCUAAUGACUGACAUGAGUUGGUGGUUGGGUGUCAGACUUAGAAAAAGACCAUCAUCAAAAAUAAAACAGUAAUCAGACAGAGACCAAGGUGAUGAAGCCAAAGUGCAAAUUCUGUCCUUGAGAGAUUAAUGGUAUUUGUUUCAGGUUACCCAUUAACAUUUAAACGCUGCAGCUGUGCAGUUUUCCAUGUUAUUACAACAUAAUCGCACAGCUAAUAAUUCAGUAUAAAAGAGAUGACCCAAUGAGAUGUACUACUGCCUUACUGCCUGCUUCAAGAUCUGAAGACAGAAUGAAGAGUGCUACAGCUUUGCUCCUGACACUUUGCCUGUCAGGGGCUUUGGUUCAGGCAGAGACGGCCUCAGGGUCUGACCUCAGCGAUGAGGUGAGAGCGCUGAGAGCCACGGUGGAGGAGCUGAGGCUGAUGGAGAGCAGACUGGCAGCAAGCGAACUUAAGGUAAAAGAUCAGGAGAACUCAGUGAAGGAUCUGAGAACAGAGCUGGAUGUCACCAAAACAGAGUUACUUCUGUACAACGAGAAGGCAAAGGAGCUGGAAAAAAAGCUGGCAGGUAACAAACUCAGAGUGAUUACUCACAAACAAAUAUGAUCAAUUGUGGACGGAGGAAAAAACAACUAGAACUUUAAUACAUGAACAAUUUUAAGUGGUCAUGAUAUCCUUUUAUUCUAUAAGACCAAACAACCCAGCUGUCAGUCAUGGGGGCACAACUAUCAGCUGGUGUGAGCCAGCUUGAAGAUAUGAUCCACAAGAAACUUGUUAAGAAAACUGUUAUAGUAGAACGUACAGUGGGAUACGGAUAUGCCACAAUAAUAACCACUUUUUAAUGCUCUAUAUUCACAAAUGGACACAAAGUGGCCUUCUCAGUGGCUUUAACUGGACCAGUUGGGCCCUUUAAUGUUGAAACAACACUGAUCUACCCAAAAGUCAUGACUAACAUCGGCAAUGCUUACAACGUCUACUCAGGUUUCUUCAGCGCCCCUGUCAAUGGCGUCUACUUCUUCAGAUUCAAUGCCAUGGAUGACCGGAAAAGCCACCACAUGGGUGUAGCAUUGCACAAGAAUGACCAAAGAGUUCUUCUGGACUAUGCCUGGAAUCACUGGGAUGACCAUGAGCAUGUGUCCAAUGGAGUAAUCCUGGAGCUGUCUCAGGGUGAUGUGGUGCACAUGCGUCUUCCUGCGGGGUACCGAGUCACUGAUUGGGACACACGGCACUUCAACAUUUUUAGUGGUUUCCUCCUUUUUCCCAUGUGAGAAUAACAUGAUAGAAGUAUUUUAGAAGCUACUGAAAAACACCUCCACUUCGCUCAAUAAAUAUACUGUAUGUCACGUUUGCUUAACCUACUGUAUGUUGUUGUGAUAUGUACAAGAGGCAAUAAAGAAGCUUUCAUUAAACACAUUGACCUGACUUGACUAACUUUAAAGCAACCCUAAGAAUUGCAUGCGUAUGUCAGCUUGUUUUU